AUGCGACUGCCGUUUAUGAGGAGCAGUUCAGUAACAAAACGGAUAGUGAGACAGAGUGCUAGAAAUGAAAAGUUGAGCAUAAGUAAAGAAAUUUGCUACGAUAGGCUUGGCUGUUUUUCAGAUGACCCACCCUGGGCUGGGAUACCAGGGAGACUUCUGGCAGGUUUGCCUGACUCUCCAGAACAUAUGAACAUCAGCUUUUCUCUCUACACCAGAGAAACAGGAAAUAACUCACAGGUGAUCUCAGCAAUAAACUCCUCAACCAUCCAAAACUCAUAUUUUUCCUCACGUAGGAAAACCUCCUUCAUCAUUCAUGGAUUUGGCAGCACUGGAAAAAAAGGCUGGGUGGUAGAAAUGUGCUUGCUGUUACUGGAAGUGGAAAAUAUGAACUGCAUUGCUGUUGACUGGAAAGAGGGUGCAAAAGGCACCUACGUCAGUGCAGUGAACAACAUCCGUGUGAUUGGGGCGGAGAUUGCUUAUUUCAUAGAUACUCUAAAGAAAAUCUGCAGGUACUACCCUUCUGAAAUCCAUUUAAUUGGCCACAGUCUGGGUGCACACACUGCAGGAGAGGUGGGAAGAAGAACCCAAGGCAUCAGACGAAUAACAGGCUUGGACCCUGCUGGGCCUUUUUUUGAAGGUACUCCUCCUGAGGUGAGACUGGAUCCUUCAGAUGCAAGAUUUGUUGAUGUUAUUCACAGUAAUGCCGCCCACUUUCCUGCUGUAGGGCUUGGAAUGUACAACACCACUGGUCACCUUGACUUUUAUCCAAACGGAGGAACUGUAAUGCCUGGAUGCAAUGAUUUAACUCCACAGAUGAAACAAAGCGAUUUUGAAGCUCUCAUUGCAGAUGCUACGGUCAUCAGGGGGUGCCAUCACUCACGCAGCCAUGAGUUUUAUUUCGAAAGUAUCCUCUAUCCCACUGGAUUCAUUGGAUAUCCCUGUGAAACAUAUAAGUCCUUCGAGUCAGGGGACUGUUUCCCAUGUUCCCAGGAAGGAUGUCCAAUGAUGGGACACUAUGCUGACAGAUUUCCAGCUAAACUGAAGAGAAUAAACCAAAAGUAUUUUUUAAAUACGGCAGCAGACCCACCUUUUACUAGCUGGAGACAAAGAGUCUUUAUCAAACUGUCUGGUGUAAAGGGAACGAAGGGGGACAUAAACCUAGUUUUCCAUGACACAGAAGGAAACACAAAAGAAUAUCAAAUUACCAAUGGAAACCUUUCUCAAGACCAAAUUUAUACAAAAUACCUUGAUGUUGAAAUUAAUCCUAAACUUAUUAAAAAAGUAGAAUUUCUCUGGAUUAAAACUCCAUUAACCCUGCUUUGGGCAAGACUGGGUGCAGACACAGUCAAUAUAAUUCAUGGAGAAGAUGGACAUAGAUCAACUUUUUGUGGCCAAGGAACUGUGACAUAUGGCGUCCCCCAGUUACUUACACCUUGCUAG